AUGGCAAGUCCAGAAACAGAGGAAGCUCCGCCGCCUUUCUCAGGACUCUCCAUUUCUAAGCCCAACGUGGUCUCCUUACUGGAGCAAGGAAAGGAUCCUUGGAUGGUGGAGACAGAGAUGUCACACAGUCAAUUUGCAGACUGGGAAUCUUGGUGUGAAAUCAAGGAAUUAUCUCCAACAUGGUUCAUUGAUGAAGAAGAAAUAUCCCAGGGGAUGGUAAUGGAAAGAAUAACAAGUCAUGGACUCAUAUGCUCCAGUUUCAGAGAAGCCUGGAAAUAUGAGGAUGAAUUUGAGAGGCAUCAGGGAAAUCAAGAGAGGCAUUUCAGGCAAGUAACAACUGUUAAGGAAAUCUCUAUUGGGAAAAGAGACAAUGAAUAUGAUAAUUCUGGGAGAAGUAUCCCCCUGAAGUCAGUACUUUUACCACAACAGAAAGGUCCCACCAUAGAAAAAGUAUAUAAAUUUGAUAUUUAUGAUAAACUUUUUCCCCAAAAUUCAGUCAUAAUUGAAUAUAAAAGACUCCAUACUGAGAAGGAGUCCCUGAUAGGUAAUGAAUGUGAUGAAUUCAACCAGAGUACACACUUUAGUAAAGAUAUAGUUCCUUCUGGUGAAAAGCCUUAUGAAAGUAAUGAUUUUUCAAAUCUCUUAAGUUUCCACUCAUUACUUACUCAACAUCAGACCACUCAUUUUGGAAAAUUACCUCAUGGAUAUGAUGAAUGUGGUAAUGCCUUUAGCUGUUACUCAUUCUUUACUCAACCUCAGAGAAUUCACAGUGGAGAGAAACCAUAUGCAUGCAAUGACUGUGGGAAAGCCUUUAGCCAUGACUUCUUUCUCAGCGAACAUAAGCGAACUCAUGUUGGAGAGAAGCCAUAUGAAUGUAAGGAAUGUAACAAAGCCUUCAGGCAGAGUGCACACCUUGCUCAACAUCAGAGGAUCCACACUGGAGAGAAACCGUUUGCAUGCAAUGAAUGUGGGAAGGCCUUCAGCCGUUAUGCCUUUCUUGUUGAACAUCAGAGAAUUCACACAGGGGAAAAACCAUAUGAAUGUAAAGAAUGUAACAAAGCCUUCAGACAGAGUGCACAUCUUAAUCAACAUCAGAGGAUUCACACUGGAGAGAAACCCUACGAAUGUAAUCAAUGUGGAAAAGCCUUCAGCAGACGCAUAGCCCUUACUCUCCAUCAGAGAAUUCACACAGGAGAGAAACCCUUCAAAUGUAGUGAAUGUGGGAAGACCUUUGGCUAUCGCUCACACCUGAAUCAACAUCAGAGAAUCCAUACCGGAGAAAAGCCCUAUGAGUGCAUCAAAUGUGGAAAGUUUUUUAGGACUGACUCACAACUUAAUCGACACCAUAGAAUUCAUACUGGAGAGAGACCAUUUGAAUGCAGUAAAUGUGGGAAAGCCUUUAGUGAUGCUUUAGUUCUAAUUCACCAUAAGAGAAGUCAUGCAGGAGAGAAACCCUUUGAAUGUAACAAAUGUGGGAAAGCCUUCAGUUGUGGCUCAUACCUGAAUCAACAUCAGAGAAUCCAUACUGGAGAGAAACCCUAUGAAUGUAAUGAAUGUGGGAAGGCUUUCCAUCAGAUCUUGUCCCUUAGGCUACACCAGAGAAUUCAUGCUGGGGAAAAACCUUAUAAAUGUAAUGAAUGUGGGAAUAAUUUUAGCUGUGCCUCAGCCCUUAGACGACAUCAGAGAAUUCAUAAUAGAGAAACCCUCUGAUUACAACAAGUAUAGGAAAGAAAACAUUUAGUCACUGAGACCUUAAUGAAUCUCAGUGAGUUAUUUUUGAUUAGUAAUUCUAUGAAUGUAAUAAUGGAAAAGCCUUUAGUUCAUGAGCAUCCAUUAUUUGAAAGAUCCUGAGUAGUAGACAUCUGUUACUUUAUGAUCUGUUCUAUACCUGACUUACCCCAACUUCAAUGCAUAUGAUUCUGAUAAAACUGUUAAUCAGG